CCAUCUUCAAACACUUUGCUCAUCACAUUCCCCACAGUAUUAGAUCAAGCCAUCCGACUUACAGUACAAAUAGUCGACUUCCAGAGUUUUCGAACCCCCUUCCAUGCGAACUCUCAGCAGUGGCUGCUCGAGAAUUGUUUCUUUUUCUCUUUAACUACUGAUUUUCUACUCUGCAAUUUCCUUUCCUUUUCUCUCCUGGCCCUUCUCCCAUCUCUCCGUCAUCACUGCUACAUAAACCCUAAUCCUCGGAGUUCGUCCGUUUCAAUCGGAGUAGCUUUCUUGGGAUCCUCUUGAGGAGUUCUAGGCCGGGAAUAAUGCAGCAGCAGCGGCUAAAGCAGCAGGCUUUGAUGCAGCAGGCACUCCUCCAGCAGCAGCAAUCCCUCUACCCUCAUCCGGGACUCUUAGCUCAUCCCCAGAUAGAGCCGAUUCCAAGUGGAAAUCUUCCUCCUGGAUUUGAUUCAAGUACAUGCCGCAGUGUCUAUGUUGGAAAUAUUCAUAGUCAAGUUACUGAAGCGCUCCUUCAAGAGGUUUUCCAAAGUACUGGUCCUGUUGAGGGAUGCAAGCUUAUCAGGAAGGAUAAGUCCUCUUAUGGGUUUGUUGACUACUUUGAUCGUCGCUCGGCUGCACUUGCUAUUCUUACCCUAAAUGGAAGGCAUCUGUUCAGUCAACCAAUAAAAGUUAAUUGGGCAUAUGCUAGUACUCAGAGAGAAGACACUACAGGUCAUUUCAAUAUAUUUGUUGGUGAUCUUAGUCCUGAGGUUACAGAUGCUGCGUUGUAUGCCUGCUUCUCAGUGUAUUCCACCAUCUCUGAUGCGAGGGUUAUGUGGGAUCCAAAAACUGGCCGCUCAAGGGGGUUUGGCUUUGUGUCUUUUAGGAAUCAACAGGAUGCACAAAGUGCGAUCAAUGAUUUAACCGGUAAAUGGUUAAGCAACAGGCAAAUUCGAUGCAAUUGGGCAACAAAGGGUGCUGGCACUAGUGAAGACAAACAAUUCUUAGAUUCCAAGAGUGGCGUGGAGAUGACAAAUGGUUCAACAGUGGAAGAUGGCUUGGAUAGUGCAAAAGAGGAGGCUCCGGAGAACAACCCACAGUACACCACAGUUUACGUUGGAAACCUUUCUCCAGAGGUUACCCAAGUCGACCUUCAUAGGCUCUUUCACGCCCUCGGUGCUGGGCAGAUCGAGGAAGUUCGCAUUCAACGUGAGAAGGGUUUUGGUUUCGUUCGUUAUGGCACUCACUCGGAAGCCGCUCUCGCUAUCCAGAUGUCCAAUGGUCGGAUUCUCGGUGGAAAGCCAAUUAAGUGUUCAUGGGGAAGCAAGCCCACCCCACCUGGAUUAGCCUCCAAACCCUUACCGCCUCCCGCUGCAGUCCCCUUUCCGACGCUGUCGGCGGCCGACUUACUUUCAUACGAACGGGCUUUGGCCCUUGGUAAGAUGGGUAUAGGGUCGGCACUAAUGCCGGUUCAGGCAAACACAGUCCUGAAGCAGGCGGGCCUCCCUUUAGGUGCCGGAGCUAGCCAGGCUAUUUAUGAUGCUGGGUUUCAGAAUAUGGGUGGUCCUGCUCAGGGUCAGCAUUUCUACUGAUAAAAAGCUUAGGGAUUAACACAAUUCUGUUGCCUGCCACCUGCCUUUGCAGCUCUGCUCUUGGUUGUCUUUCUUUUGUAUUUUUUUUUUCUUUCAUACCCGUUAGUAUUGUAAUGGUAAGUUGGGCCGUCUCCUUUUACGAUUUUAUGGAUUGUUUUUAAAAUAUAUGUGAUCAGUAUUUGGUUAUUUUUAUGUUACAAGUUAAUGGUAAGGGUCCAUGUUAUGAAAGGGA